AUGAAGUUCACCAUUCUUAUGCAUGCCCUUCUGGUGGCCAUCUUUAGCCAUCUGGCCUUUGCGUCUGCCAUCGAAAGAUCUUCUGGGCUGACUGCACGCGACGACGCCAACGGCACCGUGUCUACUCCUUACGGAGAUGUCGUCAGCUCUUUCCUGCCCGAUGGAAAGCACAAGCUUGAGUUUUUCAGUGACGGUGUCCUUGAAGUGACCGCCAUUGAACGCGAGGAUGGUGGGGUCACGUUUUAUGAUGUUGACGACAAUGAAGUCAGCCUGGACGACCUCGAUGACGAUGACGAAUCUCUCGAGAAAAGAGUUUCCAAGUGGAGGCUGGCUAUCAAGUUUGCCAAGCUGAUUGCAAAGUAUGGCAAGAGGGCGUGGACAUAUAUCUACUGUGUUGGCACUGCGCCCUUCUGGAAGUGUGGCGAUGAGGUAUGUUCCAUCUUCCCUGCCCAAGGAAAUACUUGGUAG